AUGAGGUUAACUAUAGGGAAUAACACAUCUGAAACAGAACAGACCAAAUCUUUUGCAAAGUGGCUUCUAGAUUUGGGUGAGGGAAACAUUGGUGAUACUGAUGACCUUGAGGUAACCAUAGAUAUUCCUGAAGACCUACUAAUUAAGAACUCGGUGGAUCCUUUGUCGAGUUUAAUCGACUUUGUAUACCCUUAUCUGCUUCAACUUUAUAAAAAUCAAUAUUAUUUUGCAGAAAGAGCCAUACUUGCCCCUACAAAUGAAGUCAUACAUGAAAUCAAUGAAAAAUUGCUUGCAUUGUUUCCGGGAGAAGAAGUUGAGUAUUUGAGCUCUGAUAGUAUAUGUCAUACUGACCAGGCUAAAAAUCCGUCACACGCAAAUUUAUACUCUCCUGACGUUCUUAAUGGUCUUAAAAUAUCAGGAUUGCCUAAUCAUCGAUUAAUACUUAAAGUGGGUGUCCCAGUAAUGUUGUUGCAUAACAUUGAUCAACAAAAUGGUUUAUGCAACGGGACUAGAUUACGGAUUACUAAACUUGCAAAACGUGUUAUUGAAGCUGAAAUUAUAUCCGGAGGAAACAUCGGUACGAAAACAUAUAUUCCACGAAUCACUUAA